GAUUCCAGCCCUCCUUGCAAGGAGGUGGAUUCCGCUGCCAGUACAUCUCGGCAGCGCUUGUUGCUGCAGUUCGGUUGGGUUUGCACCUUUAAGGAGUGGGGGAAGAGGAAGAAGAGGAAGAAGGACGAACAGCAGUUGCAGCAGAAGCAGCAGUAGCCCUAGGAGGAGGGCAAGGAGGAGGAGGAGAAGCAAGACCCCCAAUGACCAUUUUGGUCUUGAGUGGCUGGGCUCGGGAUGGAGUGAACAAGCUAGUGACUGGAAGAGGGGGGGUGGGUCGGGGUGGGGUGGGGGGGACUGUGCAGAGGCUAGAAAGAGAAAAAGGAGGCUCGACUGGUCCCUGCGAAAUUCGGGAUUAAAUUGGGAGAGAUCGCUUGAGGGAAAUGGAUUCUGUACCCUCACUGGCCAGCGGUUUUACUUUACUAUUCUCCGUCUUGUGGCAUAUAGGAUCUACAGCUACAAACUACAACUGUGAUAAUCCUUUAUCAGCCCUGCUGCCUCAAACAGCCUUUUCCAGUUCAUCAGAACUCUUUGGCUCGCCCAGCCCAGCCCAACUCAACAGAAGAAUUGGACCUGGUGGUUGGUCCCCAGUGAAUUCUAAUGCUCAACAAUGGCUCCAGAUUGAUCUAGGAAAUAGAGUGGAGAUUACUGCAGUGGCUACCCAAGGAAGAUAUGGAAGCUCUGACUGGGUAACAAGUUAUAUACUGAUGUUUAGUGAUACCGGACGUAACUGGAAGCAAUAUAAGCAAGAAGACAAUAUCUGGACUUUUUCAGGAAAUACCAAUGCUGACAGUAUCGUGCACCACAAAUUCUUACACUCAGUGAAAGCCCGGUUCAUCCGAUUUGUCCCAAUGGAAUGGAAUCCAAAUGGAAAGAUAGGCAUGAGGGUCGAAGUCUAUGGAUGCUCAUAUAAAUCAGAUGUUGCUGACUUUGAUGGCAGAAGCUCCCUUCUGUACAGAUUUAAUCAGAAGUUAAUGAGCACUUUUAAAGAUGUGAUCUCCCUGAAGUUCAAGAGUAUGCAAGGAGAUGGAGUCUUGUUCCAUGGAGAGGGCCAACAUGGAGAUUACAUAACACUGGAGCUACAGAAGGGGAAACUCUCCUUACAUAUCAACUUGGGUGACAGUAAACUUCGUUUCAGUAACAGUCAGCCCUCAGUUAUUCUAGGCAGUCUUCUGGAUGACCAGCACUGGCACUCAGUUCUCAUUGAGCGGUUCAAUAAACAAGUAAACUUCACGGUGGACAAGCACACUCAACAUUUCCGGGCUAAAGGAGAUGGUGAUUAUUUGGACAUUGAUUAUGAGCUCAGUUUUGGAGGGAUUCCAGUCCCAGGCAAACCAGGAACAUUCCUAAAGAAAAACUUUCAUGGAUGCAUUGAAAACCUUUAUUAUAAUGGAGUCAACAUAAUUGAUUUGGCCAAAAGACGAAAACAUCAGAUCUAUACUGUGGGCAAUGUCACUUUUUCCUGCUCAGAACCACAAAUCGUUCCCAUCACGUUUGUCAACUCCAGCAGCAGUUAUUUGUUACUGCCCGGCACCCCCCAAAUUGAUGGGCUCUCGGUGAGUUUCCAGUUUCGAACUUGGAACAGAGAUGGUCUGCUCCUGUCAACAGCACUGUCAGAGGAUUCUGGAAUCCUGCUGCUCUAUCUAGAAGAUGGCUUGCUGAGGCUUGUUAUCCAGAAAAUGACAGAACGCUCCAUGGAAAUCCCCACAGGAAGCAACCUAAAUGAUGGCCUGUGGCAUUCAGUUAGCAUCAAUGCCAGAAGGAACCGCAUUACUUUGACAUUGGAUAAUGAUGCAGCAUCCGCUGCUCAUGAAACCACUAGGCUCCAGAUUUACUCUGGGAAUAGCUACUACUUUGGAGGGUGCCCUGACAAUUUCACCGAAUCUCAAUGUUUAAAUCCCAUUAAGGCUUUCCAAGGCUGCAUGAGGCUCAUCUUUAUUGAUAACCAGCCCAAGGACCUCAUUUCAGUUCAGCAAGGUUCCCUGGGGAAUUUUAGUGAUUUACACAUUGAUCUGUGUAGCAUCAAAGACAGAUGUCUACCGAACUACUGUGAACAUGGAGGAACAUGUGCUCAGUCCUGGGCAACCUUUUACUGUAACUGCAGUGACACAGGUUAUACUGGAGCCACGUGUCAUAACUCUAUCUAUGAGCAGUCGUGUGAAGCCUAUCGACACAAGGGAAAUACCUCCGGCUUCUUCCACAUUGAUCCAGAUGGCAGUGGGCCACUUGACCCUCUUUAUGUUUACUGCAACAUAACAGAGGAUAAGAUCUGGACUGCCGUGCAGCACAACAACACAGAGCUCAUUCGAGUGAGAGGGGCACAUCCCAAGAGGCCCUAUGUCAUGUACUUUAACUACAGCAGUAGCAUGGAGCAGCUAGAGGCGAUGAUCAACGGGGCAGAGUACUGUGAGCAGGAGACCAUUUACCACUGCAAGAAAUCUCGACUGCUGAACACCCCCAAUGGUAUGCCAUUUACUUGGUGGAUUGGAAGAGCCAAUGAAAAACACCCUUACUGGGGAGGUUCCCUUCCUGGAGUUCAGCAAUGUGCAUGUGGGCUGGAAGAGAGUUGCUUGGACAUGAGGCACUUUUGCAAUUGUGAUGCAGACAAAGAAGAAUGGACAAAUGACACUGGCCUUCUUUCCUUCAAAGACCACUUGCCUGUCACCCAGAUAGUUAUCACUGAUACCAACAGAUCAAACUCAGAAGCUGCCUGGAGAAUUGGUCCAUUACGUUGCUAUGGCGACCGGCAUUUUUGGAAUGCGGCCUCAUUUAAUACAGAAGCCUCUUACCUUCACUUCCCCACCUUUCAUGCUGAGUUCAGUGCUGAUAUUUCAUUUUUUUUCAAAACCACGGCUUUGUCUGGCAUCUUCUUGGAAAAUCUGGGCAUUAAAGACUUCAUUCGACUGGAAAUAAGCUCCCCCUCAGAAGUCACUUUUGCCCUUGAUGUUGGGAAUGGUCCAAUGGAGCUCACAGUUCUCUCUCCAACUCCCCUGAAUGACAACCAGUGGCAUUAUGUCCAGGCUGAGAGAAACCUCAAGCAGACUUUGCUCCAGGUGGAUGACCUUCCAGCAAAGAUACUGGAGACACAAGAGGAUGGGCAUUUUCGAUUGCAGUUAAAUAGUCAAUUAUUUGUAGGUGGCACAGCAUCAAGACAGAAAGGAUUCCUAGGAUGUAUUCGCUCCUUACAUUUAAAUGGGCAGAAACUUGAUCUUGAAGAGAAGGCCUUGGUCACACCUGGAGUCAAGCCUGGAUGCCCUGGACACUGCAGCAGUUAUGGAAACUUUUGUCACAAUGGAGGGAAGUGUGUCGAGAAGUAUAAUGGAUACCUCUGUGACUGUACCAACUCCCCAUAUGAAGGACCCUUUUGUAAAAAAGAGGUUUCUGCAAUUUUUGAAGCCGGUACUUCUGUUACCUAUGUUUUCCAAGAGCCUUAUCCAGUGACCAAGAAUACAAGUCUUUCUUCCUCAGCCAUUUAUGUGGAUUCUGUGCCAUCAUCUAAAGAGAAUAUUGCAUUUAAUUUCUUGACAGGCCAAACACCCUGCCUUCUACUGUACAUUGACUCUUACUUUCAGGACUACUUGGCUGUUCUUCUUAGUAAGAAUGGAAAUUUACAGGUUCGAUAUCAGCUCAGUAAGGAGAGAGUUCAUGUAUGCACCUUCGAUGCGGAAAACUUUGCCAACCGACGAAUGCACCAUGUGAAGAUUAACAGAGACGGGAAAGAGCUCACUAUUCAGGUGGACCAGCAUCCUAUAUACAGAUAUAACUUCUCCUCAGAAGUUGACUUCCGGGCUGUAAGGUCCCUCACAUUGGGUAAGGUCACAGAUAGCCUGGGACUAGAUGUUGAAGUCUCCAAAGUGAACACCGUUGGGUUUGUUGGAUGCCUGUCAUCAGUCCAGUAUAACCACAUAGCACCACUGAAGGCAGCCUUGCGCCAUCCCAGCAUUGCCCCUGUCUCUGUGAAAGGUAUUUUGGUGGAGGCUAACUGCAGGUCUGUAAUGGAAGCAGACAUAAACACAGUGACAACAGUGUACUCUUCAUCAGAUCCUUUUGGGAAGACAGAUGAACGGGAACCUCUCACCAAUGCAGUUAGGAGUGAUUCGGCUGUCAUUGGAGGUGUAAUAGCCGUGGUUAUAUUCAUCAUCUUCUGCAUCAUUGGUAUCAUGACUCGAUUCCUUUACCAACAUAAACACUCACAUCGAACUAACCAGAUGAAGGAGAAAGAAUACCCAGAAAAUUUGGAAAAUUCCUUUAGGAAUGAUAUUGACUUGCAAAACACAGUAAGCGAGUGUAAAAGGGAGUAUUUCAUCUAAUGGACUAAAUGGUACCCACACAUUAUUUUUCCCGUUUCUGUUUUCUAUAUCCUCCUUCUUGAUUUUCCUCCAUAUUUUGGGAAGACCCUACAGUAACCCUCACCCCAAUCCCAAGAGACUCCCAACAACUAUUAUACCACCUCCUCCGCACAAGCCUGUCCUGGUGACAACGACCACUCAAGAGACCUGCUAUACUACUUUAGACCGAAUAAGAGCCACAUAUGAGCAUGAUUACCUAUUGAUUUUUUUUCUAUUCCCACAGUUUUUAAAGUACUUUGUUAUGUUCCACAGUUACUCAGUCUCACUGAUCUGCAUUUACACUUUGUGGUAAGCAAUGCUGGGGUACAUUUAUAAACCUCUUCCUGACCCCCAUGCUUCCAUUUGUGAAAUACAGAGGAGAGAAAAAUCCUGGAUUCCUGAUUCAUUUCAGUGGCAUGUCAAAAGGUUCAAGAGAGAUAUUUGUUGUUGUCAUAGUUAAUUUAUCAUAGUCAGCUCCUUCGUCAAUCCUCUCCACUUUUUACUAUAACUUUUAGGCUCUGAGAUUUUGCAAAUAUAGGAUUACUGAUAGUAGCAACAGGUACAAGUAAAUUAAUGUACACCUCACUCAACACCGCCUUAUGGGGUCAAUCAUUUAGAACAGCAUACAAUAGCAUAAUCUAGGUGAAGCAUGAAGAAAAUAGUAGUCUGAAAUUAAAGGAGAAAAAGUAAAAGGAAGCUGCUAAAAUUAGAUUUCUUUUUGGUAUCUUUAUUGAUGCCUCUUUCAUUUUUAUAUGAUAUGUUAGCUAGGCUACUGCCUACUGGUGUCAGAGGUCCAAUAUGUGAUGGAAUAAGAAAAUCCAGGUAAAUUUUCUUAAACACUCAGCAUCAUGAAACCUUAAUUGCAUAACAUGAAGAACUGCAUGAAAGAAAAUAAAUACUAGGGACUGGAAUAUAGCAAGGGUUAAAUUGCAUUAACCACUUUGAGUAGAUAGAAUCAAUCCCAUUCAAAAUGUCCACUUAUUCUGACCACUUUCAAAAUGCUGUUUAUAAUUAGAUGAGUUGCUUAUGCUGACCUCCUGGGGGAAGUACAUUCUGGAAAUUGUGCUAAUUUAGUGGUUUUCAUUGGAAUACAAAACUACAUAUCCCUUAAAAAUAUGUUGCACUUUCUUUGUCCCAAAGAUAGAUCUGUAUGUAAUCCAGGGGUUUGCGCUCUCCUUGAUAUCUCUUCUGAUUUCUUUUGGUUUUGUAUUAAGCACAUUAAAGGAACACAAAUAAACUUUUGUCCUUUGACCACCCUGGAGAAAAGGAAAGCAGGGAAUGGGAGGGUGGGGUGGGGGGGCUCACUACCAAAUACCAAUGGAGUGAUUCACAGAUGUGAACGCCACUUGCUGAUUCUGUUUACAAGACAAACUCGAUUUUGAAAACAAUUACCGCUUUGCUGCUUCUAGGCCCUGACAGUUAGCAGACGCUCCAUCUUGUUCUCAGUGUUUAUAUUGCAUUUGAUUAUUUAACGCUCCCUUUGCGUGACAUGACUCCCAAUGUUGAGCUCAUUAGUUCCAUUCAUUUCGGGUUUCUCUUUGCUUUUGGUGGCUAAAAUGAUAGGAAAAUGAUCUGUCUUACAUUUGGGUUUCUCUGCUUUGGGACCUUACACUAAAGACCAUGAUUGUUCCUCAUUUUCUAAUGCCUGCAGACUCCUCUGUCACCUCAUUGUUUUCACUUGUCUUUGUCCUAGUAAAUUUCUUUUAAGUGAUUCUAAUAAGGAUGCAAUGUUUCUUUCCCCUCAUGAACUUAAUUGACUUUAAUAAACAUAAAGUUAUUUCAAUUUCACUUCUCCCAAUCCCACGACCCCCACAGAUUGUCAGAGUUGAAUUUUCUAAUUCUAAAAAGGUAGCAUAAAUCAGCCUUGUGCUAUGUUACAUGCUCCUCCUGAAAUAAAAGUCACAAUAAAGAGGAAGAAGUCUAGCCUGAAGCCUCUCUAAUAAUGAAAUGGAAAGAAAAGGGAGUGUGUGAGUAAUAAAGCUGAAUGCCUUCAUUAUUCAAGCUUCUAGAAGAGGAGGCUGUUGUGUUUGUUGUUUUUUUUUUUAAUUUUUGCUGACAAGGCUCAGAUGAAAUUAUAUACAUAUAUGAAAGUCUCACAAAGGCCAGAGUGGAACAAUUUGGUUUUCUCACCUACUUCUGUAUGCAUUUAGGGAGCUAUAGAGGCUUCAUGGCUGUAUCACUAGCACAAAUAUCCUUGCGCAUAUGCAUACAUACUGCUGCACCUGCAUUCACUUACCAUAUUUAUUCCAUAUAUGCUCUGGUUUAAAAAGAGGUUUGUGCAUAUGGUGCUCUCACUAUGUCACUUAUUUGAAAUGAGACUCAGAAGGAAAUCAGGUUUGGUAGGAGAGUAAUUGAAAGAUCAUUGACAUGAUUUUGUCAUCUAAGAGAAUGGUUUGUCCCUCCGUGGAUCUAAAUGAAUAGCAAAUAAGCAAGCUGUGCCCUUUAAAGUCAAAUGGGAUUUACAGUGGUGAAAAGAGAGCACUGACCCACACCUGUCCUUUCUCUUUGGAAGGAUGGAUCCCUGCUGUUUCAUGCAGUUGUUAAAGUUCAAGACUGUUACAUCCCUGGGGUAAUUAAACACAUUCUCUAGAAACACAUGUACAGUUUGUACAAUCCCAUAUAAUCCACAUUUAUCCCACUUUUCCCUCUAGCCCAAUAGAUGGGUUUCCUAAAUGCAUAAUGAUGUUCUGUGUGUCACCUCAGCCCACAGUUCAGACCCUCAGUACUUAAUGACCAUUUUUUACAAAAGAUUUUAUGAAAUACUGUCACUUUACAGCAAAACCAAAAAAGACAAAACAAUGGAAUUUAAAAAAAAACCUGUAUAAUUUCACAUUUAAAAGGAGCUCUAUCACUGAUAUUAUUUCCACCAAAUAAAUCUCCUAUUUUCUUAGUUCACAUCAAUUUAUAGUAGGUUUACUUAACUGGGGGGUAUUUUUAAUACUCACUCUACCAUGCAUUGUUUACUCAGGUUAUACUUCCAGGUUUACUAAGAGAAUUUCAUUAAGAAUAAAGAAAAAAAAAAGGCCUUUUGUUCAAAAGCCUAUCAUAGAGAUAUUUUGGAUGCCUGAAUUCUUUAUCACAUGCAUUUUGGGCAUUUGCAUUAGGGGAAACUGUGUUGUGAAUUAUAUCCUCAUCUGUGUCUUAGAGGCAAAAAGGAGGUAACCGAGUAAUCCCUUCCCUUCUCUAAUAUCAGAUCUACUACUCCAUACUUAAAAUUAUAAUAAGGGCUGAAAAUAAAAUAAAUAGUUAAAUAUCAGAUCUGAGGCCCAUUUCAUUUUUAAUACUCUUACCUUACCUUUUAGAACUUAUAGUAAAUAUCAGUUCCCUUGCAAAAGAAUGGUAGGGGCUAGACAAUUAGGGUAAAGUGACUUGUCCAGGGUCAUACAGCUAGGAAGCAUUUUGAGGCCAGAUAUGAAUGCAGGACCUCCCAUCUCCAGGCCUUGGCUAUCUAUCUACUGAGCUACCUAGCUUCCCUGGCCAAUUUGUUUUUACAAAAUUCUUAAUGAAGAUUUAGGACAAUAUUUUUCCCAUUGAUAUAAAUUUGCUACCUUUUGUUCCAGCUAACCCACUUCUCAUCUUAUAAUCAUCUGUUCUAGGCAAUUGACAACUUACAAAGUUCUUGAGAGCCAUGGACAAAUCACAUGACAGAUCAAAUCAUUAUGAGUAGUUAGUCUGGCUGCUCUGUAAAUCUGUAGCAUACAUUGGGGUCUGAAUUAUUUUGAGUCUUUUACCUUUUGUCUGCUUUAUUUAGCUAGACAGAUGCAAAUUGUUGAAGUUAUUAUAUGAUGCUCCAAAAAGCUUCUACUUUUAAUACUGAACUCAUAUAAAUGAAUAUAAAAUUGAAAUCCUGGGAACAACAUUUUGGAUAGUACAUCUUUCUCUCUGACCCGCUUUCCUCCAACUUGCAUGAAUUUAAAUCAAUGAAUAAUACUUUUUGGAACUUAUAUACUCUUUUUUUUCCUCUCUUCAGUUUGGAGUUGUCUUUUCUGCUCUUGUGGCAUCCUUGCUAUUUUUGUUUCUUUCCUGGCUUUUUAACAAUGUUUUGGCAAUAACAAUGCAGGCCAGAGACAUAUAUUAUUCUUUCAUCAUAACCCCCACUCUUUAAUAAAGGACUAAUUUAAGGGAGCUCUUGAAUAUCAUAUGGAAAAUAUUUUAGGAAGAGGGAGAUAAUAAAUUUUCUAGCAGUAAUGGUUUUUCCAAGAGAAAUUUCACAAAGCAAGGGUUCUAGAAUGAGUCCCAUUUCAUACAUUGGGCAACUGAUGUCCUGUCUUGAUAGCAGGAUAUUUUUUAAUGAAGAUGACAGACAUGAGACCACACAGAUUCAUGCUCAGUCUUUCCUCAAAAAAUUUCUGUUAGCCCUUAUUUUUAUUUUAUGUCCCUUUACAAGUGAAAAUCACAACCCUGGCUAACUAAGGGACAUGUGGACAGUGCAGUUUUCUGUAACUUUUUCUCAUUAUCUAAAAGUAUGGGAUUUUAUUCCUCUCUCUUGUUUCCCAUAGGUGAUAAUUAGAUUCUCCUCCACCUCCCCACCAGAAAGGGUUUUUUUAGAUAAUAAGUAGAGGCCAAUAAAAGGAAUCAAUAUUAGGUUUCAAUAUCUAAAAAAGCAACUGAGUGCUAUAUCAUGUUCUUCAUGCAAUUUAACAAUAUUUUAUUUUGAAAUAAGUGGCAUAAUUGAAUACUUUCCAAGUGCUGCUUUAGUGCCCCUCCCUUUCCAAAAGCACAGUUAUCAAGCUUAAAGUGUUUGUUUUUUGUUUUCUUCGGCUCUCUGGCUUUGAUUUUACUAAUUCAAAGUAGUUGAAUGCAUGGUAGAGAAGAAAAAAAAAUCACAUUGUCAAAAAAGAGGUCUGUUAUAUGUUUUCUCCAAGAAAUACUUUACAUUUUUUUUCUAUUGGGUACAAGACCACCAUAAACAAUUUUUUUUUCAAAUGUUUAGGACUGGUCUUAAAGUUGUUAGGCUUCUGAGCAAAAUUUGGCAUUGUUCUUUUAAGACAUACCAUUUUUUUAAGAUUUAAAAUUUCCCCCCCUCCUGGUGUUGUGAACUAUGACUCAAUUUGCCAGGAUAUUGGGCUAGCCAUGCAUGCAAAUAAAGUUUGAAAUCAGACUUUUUUUGGCCUUCUUUUUUCUUCUUGCUUCAUUUCUUCCUUUUUUUUUCUUCCUUCCCCUACUUUUUUCCCCCAAUAAGCUACUCUGAGGAGGAAUAAAAGCACACUUUCCAGUGAAAUAUUGUACUUUGUAACCUAAUUGUUUGUCUUUUGUAAUGUUUAGAGUCUACAAAUGGCUGAACAGAUUAAGUAAGGAUUAAGGCAACUAUUUAGACACAUCAGACAUAUUUCUUAAAGCACUUGGGCUAGUUUUGGAAGGAUCAGACAUGGACAGGGCUAUCCUUCUAUCAUGCCAGUUGUAGCUAUCCCUAUUGCGUAAUGCCCCAUGCAUUUUAGACUAUGUGUAGCCCUUUAGAAUAAUCAUAUUAUAUCUUAGUAAACACCAAGGGCUUUGCAUGGGGAAUUUAUUUAUUCACCCUCAACUCUGCAUGACAUUCUUAGAAUCCAACUCCAACCAUCCUCCAGAUAUUUGUCAGCUACGUACUUUAUUUAGUCAAGUUAUCUGCUAUUACAUAAAAACAUUGUCAUGUAAAAUACUUAAAUUGAAGUCCAUCUUUACCAAAGUUACCUGUAAAUGAAACUUUAUUGCUUUGUGUUUACAAAACUGAACAGCCUUCACAGUUUAUUCCCUGGAUUUAUUGUACUAAGUCAGAAUAAUCUUGCCAUAUCCGGUGGCUUUUCAGGGACAGUUCAGUGUCAGUUUUCUUUUGUUUUUCCCCUUCUAUGGUGCUGCUGUCUUCAGCAGCAUUAAGAUGAUGAUAGAUUGGCUUUUUUCUUUAAAGAUGACCCUUCCUGCUAUAAUUCAGGUAGGGGGGAAGGUUGGGAGGACAUUCUUUGCACUGGUUUUCUUACAGCAGUGGUGGAUUUGCAUUCAUCUCUUCAUACUCUAUCACCCACAUCUUUUAGGGAUCCAGGGCACACAGAAGCCCAAUGGCCAGAUAGAGUUAGGGUACAGUCUAUGUAUACAGAAUAAAGUGAAGCAAACUGGCUGAUAGGGGAGCUUAGCCCAUGACCUUGUCCUCCUCAUUGCAAUGCUCUAACAAGUCCUAGACUCUAAUAGUAUUAUCAGAGAAGGAGAGUUGGGGAGAAAAAGAAAGAUAUGCAAUAUGUAACCUAAGCAUCACAUUAUAUUUGCUGGCACCUCACUUGAAUGUGAUCCUUUCCAAUGUAUCUUUAAGGGAUAAUAAGGCUAAGUGAGCUUGCUUUGCCAUACAUGCUGAGAGUAAAAAUCUCCUUUGAAAGUUUUAAAUGAAAUAUUAACACAAUCACUUCCCUCUGAAUGACAGCAGAGUCUCAACUUUUGUAACCUCAUUCUGCCUCAAAUCUGCCUUCAGGGAAACAGUAAACCUCACUCUCAGUGACUUAACAAGGGUUCAGGGAUGGUUUCCAUUUACUAAGGUAUCAGAAUGAGGAACAUUUUUGUUAUGAAUCUGGGGACACUUUCCCAAUGAUUCCUCUGCCUGCUUACAUCUCACUGCUGUACCUGGCUGAAGUCUUUUUGUUGUCAGCCCCUAGAUUGGUGACCCAUGUUAUUAGCAGGAGCAAGUGUUGAGAGCCUCCAAAGAAAUGUUGCCUUAUCAGAUGAGGUGGGAAGAAGAGGUGCUCACUAUGUAACAGACAAUUCAGUCAGGGAGUUCAUCACUACCAUCACGCAGGGUCCUUUGACUUCUAGGAACUAGAGAAAACAAGUCACUUUCAAUUUGUGAGGAAGAAAAAGAAAAUGACCACAAAUUUAUUUUUUAAAGGCUCAGUAAAAGUAAAAGAAAUGAGUAAACAAAUAUAAAUGAAUUGAUGAAUAAAAAUAAAAAAGCUUCACCUCUAUUUGUACCCUCGCCCAAGUCCUUGUGAAGGUCUAGAUUUUAUUUCAAUUGUAUGAAUUUUUUUUAACAGUCCCAAGGGAUGUUGCCUCAAUCCAAGUCAGUUUUGUAGACAAUGUAACAUGUCUUAAUACACUGUAUGGGGAAAAAGGUUAGCCUUAGCUUCUUUUGUUUUCUAUGGUUAUUGUUGUACAGGAGAAAGACUUAAACUGUAAAUAAUGUAUAUUUAAUAAAGAGAGAAUUUUGUAUGAUUUUGUGUGGAAGA